AAAUUUAAAACCGUAGGCUUGCACGCGCUGGUAUGAACUGACCAAUUAUUAGGAUUUGAAGGCUCGUUUAAGGAUGACGUCAGAGUGAAGUCCGCAAGGAGACCGUUCAGGUGAAAGGAGGUUGAGGUGGAAAACACGCGAUGCUCGGGAAGGAGAGUCUGAGGAUUCAGUCAUUUCAUCCUUUCGAGUUGUCGUUAAAUUAAAACGUAGAGAAUAUAAUCAAAGAUUAAUCUCGCCGCCCGCCAGUGAUUACGACACACGGUGAACGGCAGCCUUCGACAGAGGCGCGAAUAUGAUGCGCGCGCUGCUGUCCAGCCAUCGCUCCGUCUCGAGCUUGCGAUGCUUUUGUCACACAGACUGAGGGGAAAUCAAGCGCAACAGUUACCCGCUAUUCUUGAUCCUUGGCCGGACUAGAAUCCAGAAGAAUCACUACCGGGAUUAGGUGAUGUGAUAACCUCUGUAAGACACGAAAGGGAACGGACGCAUCUUUUGGGGAUGUUUUUUUGUAGUGAACGUCGUCGCCACCAUAGAAACGUGGUGGCACUCGCCGCUGAUGGGGUGAACUAGGUUACGGAGAGGUCCUGACGGUGGACCGCUGCGCUAUUUUUCAUCCUGGACCGUGUGUGCCGUGAUAAUACAUGUUAGUGAAAAAUGCAAGGGGUGACGGUGACGGGAGAAGCGCCCACAUUGAAUGGGGGCGGAAGGGAGGAGCAGCGUCCCCUCAAGCAGUCCCUGAGUGGCUCACUGUGCAGAGAGUCCCACUGGAAGUGCCUGCUGCUCACCUUGCUCAUGUACGGCUGCUUUGGCACGCUAGGCUGGUGCUCCCUAUACCGGAUCACCGUAAUUACUUUUGAUGACCAAGCCUACUUCUACAAAGGCAAUGCCCGACUCUACCACGACAGCCCGUGUUCCAACGGCUAUGUCUAUAUACCUGUAGCCUUCCUGGCUAUGCUGUACGUUGUCUACUUGGUGGAGUGCUGGCACUGCUAUUCGAAAACAGCUAACCUUGCUAAGGUGGAAAUCAGUGAGGUAUAUGACAGGAUACAGCGGUUGCAACAAGCCACACCCUGCAUCUGGUGGAAGGCCAUCAGCUACCAUUACGUACGUCGUACCAGACAGGUGACGCGCUACCGAAACGGAGACGCCUAUACGACUACACAGGUGUACCAUGAAAGGGUCAACACGCACGCAGCAAGCUCUGAGUUUGAUUAUUCACGUCUCGGUGUCAAAGACGUUUCGAAAGAGCUGCAGGGCCUGUUGGAACAUCCUGUCACUCGCUUGCGCUUCACCAAGUGCUUCAGCUUCGCCAGCGCUCGAGCCGAGACCGCCUACCUCACGCAGCGAGCACGCUUCUUUGGGGACAACGAGGGCCUGGACGACUAUAUGGAAGCGCGGGAGGGCAUGCACCUUAAAAAUGUUGACUUCCGGGAACACAUGCUGGCCUUCCCCGACCCAUUGCGACCGCCCUGGUACACCAGACGCUGGGUGUAUUGGCUGGCCUCGGCUUUCCUGCUAUCGUGGCCUCUUCGUGUGAUUGCAGAGUACCGUACUGCAUACGUCCACUACCAUGUUGAGAAACUGUUUGGAGAAAACGAGGAUGCAAAUGACAAUGAUAAUACGGAGGCAGGAAAUUACUGUACGGGCUUCGAGCAUGGCACUGGGGGUCCCACUCUGCGCGUCAUAUCGCGGGUCAACACGGUGGAUAUGACCGAACUUGAAUGGCACAUUCGCUGUAACCAGCAGAUGGUGCCUAGCUACUCCGAGGCCUUGCUUAUGGAUUUGGAAAUGAAUACAAACACACCAUUAUCAGUUGCAAUGGCUGCACGUAUGCGACGCAAUUCUAGCUACUUCCUUCAGAGCUGCCCCAGGUGCCGGCGCUCAACAAGCAGCUCUUCGCUCCCUUCAUGGUUUAGAGGGAACAUGGCUGCGGGUACAAACUCAUUCCCCAUUAGACCUGGUGGUAGGCUUUCUCUUAGUCGCAGCGGUUUCUCUCUUGGCCGGUUGCAUACCGCAAGAAGCCGCCAUCCCUGCCUGUUUCACUCGAGAAGCAUCGGAGGUGGAAUGGGCGGCCGUGUGGAAGAGGGUGGUGGGGGUUUCCUUGGUCUUGGGUUUAGAGUGCCAGAUGAGGAGAGGAGGGGUGUAUUAGAGAAUGAGGGGCUAGAAGACGAUGACAUAGAGGAGACAGGGCAGGAACAAGUGGAGGAGAGGGAGAACGGAGAGGCCAGGGAGGAUGAGAGAGACAGGCCACCCACUUACCAAGAUGCUCUUUACUUUCCUGUGUUAAUCAUUCACGGGGAGGAGAGCUGUCAUGGGGGGCAUGGCAUUGACACGGGUUAAAUGAACCAAUAUGAUGUAAAGAAUGAUUGAAGUGGCUUUUGAAAAGUAGAGGCAGAUUGACAUCUGGGUGCAGAUGGGAGACAGGGAGACCGAGACGUCGAGGAAGAGAGGGGAAUUUUGACCAGAACCAGGAUAGAAAUGUUGAAGAGACUGAUUUGUGUCUCUGUAACACUGAAAAACAAUUUGUUCAUGAAUUGUAGAAUGUUGUUGGGAUUGAAAUGAAAGUAAUAUACAUCGGUCAUGUCAAAUCCAAGUCGACUCACUUGAUACGGACUGACCCUAAAUAUAUAUAUGUAGUACAUACCUAGUAGAAAAUACUUAUAGGCAUGGAACAUCAGUGUCCUAUAUCAAUCUUAAUGUCCUAUUAUUGAAAUCUCUGGCAUAUCAUGUCCAUAACAAACUAAAAGAUCAGCGUGUCCUCCUUUUGACCAUGGGAAUAAUGUACUAUACAUGAAAAGCUUGGCGUCUGCAACCUGCUUUUAACAUUGCGAAGCAGUUUUUGCGACUCCACAUUAACGUGAAAAAGCCCAUGCUGGUGUAGUUUUGUAAAUCCAUGCGUCGACAACAUGCAAGUUGCUUAUGGAAAAAGGGACUGAGAUGUGAACUGCAUUUACUGAAGUUCUAAAUAGAGAUUAGAAAGAAACAAGAAUAAAAAAUCUACUAAGGUAGAUUUGAUGAAAAAAAACAAUAAACUAAAUGGUCCUCAGGGGGGAAAGUUUAAAAAAAACUAAAUAAUACUAGACCUAAUAAAAAGGGAUGGUAAAAGAUCAAUGGGUGAAUGUAGGCUGGUGAAUUGUAAUCCCUCACUGUUUGACACUGUGCUUUAAUCCACUGUCCUGGCUAAUGACUUCUUUUAAUCUCCUGUUCUUUUUAAUUGCCUGGUAGAAGCACGGUGCUUAUGACUUCACUUAUCUCUGCCUUAGAGGUUUCUUAUGUCAGCCUCAUGUCUACUGCAGCCAACUGAAAGUAGAUCUGUUCAGCAGCAACUCAAAUGUAUUCCUUUUUAUUCUCCUGCAUACAUUCGUUUUUCUAUGGUGGGGAGUUUCCAUCGACUUCUAUUGUUUUUAUACUGAGCUAAUGAUAUUUUCUAUCCCAUGCCCUUAAACCUAACCCUCACAGAAAUGUUUUUGCAUUUUUAGAUUAUCAUUACCGCAUCAUUUAGUGUGUUUAUAAAACCAUUGUCCUUGAUUUGCUGGGACAUCCAUCCAUCCAUUUGUAGGCCUCCACAUUCCUUCCUUCCUAGACUGUUAGAAUGUUUAAAAAGUUAUUGGAUUAAGCUUGUUUCAGUUUAAUACAACUAUUGUUAAGAGAUAAAAUAGACAACACACUAUACAAAGUAGUGCAACAGUCCACCGUCCCAUGUAGUCACAUCGGUGGUAUACACUUAGAAGAGCAAACAAGCAUAAAAAUAUAAGUGUAGGUCAGUACAAGCACAAUGUGUCACCUACUUUACGAACAGUGCAGGGAUUGAGUUAAAAUAAGCUGUCCUUGGAAACACUGAAGAAACGAAUGUAUAAACACAGCCUUGCACAUGGAGAGGAUAUUAAUAAUAAAAAAGGUAAAGUCCAAAGCACACACUAAGAGCAUACCUGUAUUGUUUGCAGGAUUUCUACUUAUCAAAUUAUUGCUAAUACUUCAACAAGCACUAGGCAUAUCUGUCAGCGAUGAGGAAUUGAUUACAGUGGCCAUGACCAUGAUGCUCUUAUUAAUAAAGUCAAACCAUUAACAAUGUGUUCAUUGACUGCUUUUUUUAUUAUUAUUUAUUCAUGUAUUUGACUAAAACUGCUGUAUUAUUAUUAGUCAUUUAAAAAAAAAACAAUUUACCUAAAUUGCAGGUAUCAUCACAACAAGCAGUAGGCUAUAUGCAAUAUUAACUCACAUAGUACAGUGUUUUAUAGAGUUUUGAUAGAACCGGAAAGUCAUAGAUGCUUCAUUUGACUUUGAAUGACCCUUUAGUAUUAAUUAAUAAUGCUGUGAAAUUCUGGAUUUCGUCUCAGUAACUCGAGGCUAAUGACCAGAGUUGUUUUUAGGGUUGGAUCAAUGCAGACUUGGCAAACAUCUCCACUCUUGUUGGAGAUGUGCUCAGCAGUGUUUCACGAACAGUGAAUAUUCUAUGAUUACAUAACUGAAUGCAUAAUAAUUUUGCAAUUCCCAACAAUGAGCUUUGAAUUUCUUGGGAUUUUCACUAUGGGUAAGCAAAUCUCACCACGUGCUACACUACACAGGCUCAAAUCAUGUGUGUUUGACCAAUGGCUCUACCUAGUGGUGGUUUUCACAAUGAAGCCUUGGGACGUUUGAAGUGUUAUUAUGAGGAAAAGUACAAGAUGGUGUAAAACUGAAUAUAGGUCUAAAUGAAAAUAUAAUUUAUAAAUUUUUAUAACUGCAUGGAAUGUCAGGAAUCUUGCAGGGAAUUAUGUUGCAAGCAAGGCAUGUCGUCCUCCCUCCUCUCCUCUCCUCUCCUCUCCCUCCCUCCUUAUAAUCUGUGUUUGAAGGACAGGGCAGCAGUUCUCUCAUUGCUGCUGACAAAUAAUAGGGGAAGUGAGAGAGAGCCAAAGGAGAGUGACUGUGUGUUGCAUAAAAGGACACAAAGCAGACCUGGUAAGUCAAACAUCGAAACCAUGCAUUCAGCAAAUAUUCAAACAUUUUCAGAGUAGAAUGAAAAUACUCAAUUAUAGAUUGAAAUUUUAAAUAUGUACAUAGCAGGAUUGUCUGAUUCAGGAAACUCUAAUUCCAAUAAAAUGGAAUCUUGUUGCUAAUAAUGCCUUUCCAAUGAGCCUUGCAUUCCACUGCCAUUGGUAGCUUUCCAAAUACAGUGGUUGCAUUGUUUAAUUUAUUUCAUUGUUGAAUAUGUCCUUAUAUAAGUUAUAAGAGAAGUGAAGUAACAGUGGCGCUGAGAUAGGCUUUUCACUAAGCAGCUUGUUACCUCCCUUGAGCCUGAUGAUUCAGACUAGUGCUGCCAUCAGAGAUUUAGGUCACAGAGAACACAGCAUGUUGUCCUAGUGACAAUGAUGAGAACCACCUUUUCAAACAGGCCUACCCAUUUCCUUAAAUAAUGUGGAUUGCAUUUAAAUGUGUCUAAUAAUAGUUUAAAAAGAACCACUUUUUAUUCCAGGAGUAUUUCUCAGUGUAGGUACAUACUGUAAAUCUUUUAUAAAUUUGGGUGUGUGUUUGUGGGCCACUUUAUUAGGUACCUGGCCAACUAUCACAAAUAUCUCAUCAGCCAGUCGCUUAGCAGAAACUCGAUGCAUUUAGACUGAGCAUCAGAAUGGGGAAGGAAGAUGUUUUAAGUGACUUUGAACAUGGCGUGGUUCUUGAUGCCAGAUGGGCUGGUCUGAGUAUUUCAGAAACUGCUGAUCUACUGGGAUUUUCACACUGAAACAUCUCUAGGGUUUACAGAGAAUGGUCCAAUAAAUAUAAAAUACCCGAUGAGUGUCAAAAAUGCCUUGUUGAUGCCAGAGGAAAAUGGCCAGACUGGUUUGAGCUCAUAGAAAGGCAAGAUGGUAGGGUCAGAAUUUGGUGUAAACAAGGCUGCUGCUGGUGGUUUAACCCCUUAAAACAGUUGAGUAUCCUUUAAAAGUGUGCCCAACUUGUGAUAGCUCCUUCCAGGUGGAUAACACACCAUGCCACAAAGCUCAAAUUAUUCACAUUUGUGACCCUGGACCACAAAACCAGUCAUAAGGGUCAGUUUUUUUAAAUAGAGAUUUACACAUCAUCAUUGAUGUAUGGUUUGUUAGGAUUGGACAAUAUUUGGCUAAGAUACGACUAUUUAAAAAUCUGGAAUCUAAGGGUAAAAAAAAUCUAAAUAUUGAGAAAAUCGCCUUUAAAUUUGUCCAAAUGAAGUCCUUAGCAAUGCAUGUCACGAAUCAAAAAUUAGGUUUUGAUAUAUUUACGGUAGGAAAUUUACAAAAUAUCUUCACAGAACAUGAUGUCUAUUUAAUAUACUAAUGAUUUUUGGCAUUAAAGAAAAAAUCUGUAAUUUUGACCCAUACAAUGUAUUGUUGAUCAUUACUACAAAUAUACCCGUGCAACUUAAGACUGGUUUUGUGGUCCAGGGUCACAUUUGGAUGUGCAGCUGACAAAUCUGCAAUAUUUGCAUGAUGCUAUCAUGCCAAUAUGGACCAAAAUCUCUGAGGAACAUUUCUAGCAACUUGUUGAAUCUAUGUCACAAAUAAAUAAGGCAAAUCAAAAGUCAAACCUGGUACCUAACAAAGUGGUCCACGGUCAGCAUUUUUUUCUUGGAAAUAUAUAUUGAUUUUGGCAAUGUUAAUUUUCAAUCAAUCUAUGAAUGAAUCAAUCAAAUUAAUAAUAGUAAUAAAAUAAAAAACAGUUAAUUGAUCAAGUUGACAUUUUGUGAUGUGUGACACAUAGCAGAGCAAGUUGUCUCAACAGAGCCCACCUUUAAAUAGCUUAUAUUAAACAGUAAAACAUUUAUAAAACACAAAUUAAUGACAUUUAAAACAUGUGACAACUUGCCCCAACCUGUCAUUCAUAUUAAAUACCUUUGUCCUGAGGACAACCUUUCAGCUUCAAAAAUAUAGUUGUUUUAUUGCGUUCAAUUGUUUACCCAACAGCCAUAGCAAAAACAUGAUAUUCACAAAAAUGAUGCUAUUUACAUGAAUAACUCACAAAAUAGUCAAUUCACAAAAAUAUUGUCAUUAUUUAAAAGGGUUUUUGAAAUGGGUGUUUGAAAGCCAAUGUAUAAAAUAAAAAAACUUCUAUCGAGAAAACAAACGUGUAAUUUUAUUCGACUCCAAAUUUAGUUACUAAAAUAUUAUAAUUUUCUUUUUGAUUGAAAAUGUUUUCUUCCUCCACUGUCCAACUGGACUUGGUGUGGAGCAGCUGUGAAGUGAAGAACAACAGGAUGUCGAAGGACCAGCUGGACUCGGUGGUGAGCCACGCGGAGGGCUUGCUCUCAUUGGCCGCUCAGCUGCACGCGCAGUGUCAGGAGGAGAGCGCGCAGAUGGCCGCUCUCGCCGAGCAGCUGAGAGAGGAGAGCCAGAGUCUCUUCAGCCAAAGCGACGUGCUUCAACAGGACAUGGCUGAGAUGUGCAAAACACUGGAAGCUCUGAUGGACACUAAGGUGGCGUUUGAAGCCAAAGAGAGACAGGCUCGCAAACUAAGUAAGCAGCUCUAAAACAAUGGAGGAAGUAGCUUGUCAGGCCACAUAAAUUCAUGAAAUUGGCAUUGGCAGUAGAAAAUAAUGGUCUGCUAAUUCACAAUUUUAAAUGUGAUGAGGAAUUUCUUUUUUUAAAUAAAAUCUAAUCCUGAGAAAACAAGUUUGGGGCAGGGUGAUCUG